UUUUUAAAAAAUUCAGACAUAAAUAUAGAAGUUGAAAGAAUUAAUCAGCAGUCAUGUUUAGUUUCCUCGUCGUUAUUUCUUUAUUUAUUCUCACCUAUUCUCACGAACCAGGUUAUCCAGAAUGGGGAUACGAUGGAGACACUUUGCCAGAAAUGUGGCCCGCUAUUUAUAAACAAUGCGGAGGUUUUAACCAAUCCCCAGUUAACAUAGACAUGGAUCGAGUGGUGGUCAAUCGUAAUUUGGGUCCCAUAACGUUUAUAGGAUAUAAUUCGGUACUGAGAGGUGUCACCUUAGAAAACAAUGGGCAUACAGUUAAAUUAAUUCCACCAGCAAAUGCUUACAUAGCCAUCAGGGACGGAGGACUCGGUGGAACGUAUAGACUCAGACAAUGCCACUUCCAUUGGGGAUUAACUGAUAUUCAAGGAACGGAACACACCUUAAACGAGAAACAAUUUGCUCUAGAGUUGCAGUGCCUUCACAUGAACGAGAAAUACUCGAGCGAAUCUCAGGCAUUACAGAUGAGGGAUGGUUUUGCAGCUUUGUCAGUUUUUUAUAGAGCAUCUAGUAGACCCAAUCCUUUAUUGGAUAAGAUAACAAUUGCCAUGAGUGCAGUAAGGAAUUCUUACUCUAACGAAACGAUACAUUUCGGUUUCCCAUUAUUUCGACUUUUUCCAAAAAAUAGAGGGUCUUACGUUAGAUAUUUCGGCUCCUUUACUACGCCAGGGUGCGAGGAAGUCGUGACUUGGACCGUCUUCACAGAGACUCAAAAGGUUAACGUUUUACAGACUCCAGUGUUUCGUCUGAUGGUAGAAGGUCCCACAACCGACAAAGAAGAGGUUCUUAUUUUAACCAACGUUCGACCUUUACAAUCGCUUAACAAUCGAGUAAUUCAAGGGUCGAGAUCCUUCCAUCCAUAAAUAAUUAAUUUAAGACAAUUUAUUGUUUAAAAAGAAUUCUAAAAAAUCACAAUCUAUGACAGACUUUUCAAUAUUGU